AUGCAAACAAAGGCAGAAGUUAUUAUUAGUAUCAGCCUGCUGAUUUUCUUCACCAUAUUUGAACAUGCUCGAGCCGAAGACGAAAUUGCAGUAUCAAACGCAAUACCGCGGCAAAAUGAAUUGGCAGAUGCUGCUAACACCCUCGGGUAUAAUAUCAUGACUAAAAUGUUGACCGACACUGAUAAGAACAUCGUCCUUUCACCGACAGGAAUCAGUGGGCUUCUAGCUAUGGCUUUGGCGGGUAGUGUUGGUAAAACUUACGAUGAAUUAGCUAAAGCGCUGGGAUUUUCUCAAGACAUUGAAAUUAAUCGCCAAAAUCAUGAGACAUUCGGAGGCUUGCUAAAGAACUUAAACUCGGAGAAAACAUCGAGCAAGACAAUGUAUGCAGAUGCUAUUUUCGUCGACACCAAGACCAAGCUGCGUGAAAUAUACCAAUCGUAUGUACAUAGAGUGUACAAUGGCGAAGCCCAAUCUGUUGACUUUGCGGACACAGAGAAAACUCAAACUUUAAUUAAUCAGUGGGUAAGUAAUAAUACAAAUGGGAAACUACAGGACUUUUUGAAGAAACCACUGCCUAUUGAGACUAAAGCGGCUUUAGUGAGUGCUUUGUACUUUAGUGGCCAGUGGGCGACUCCAUUUGUGCCAGAAUACACUUUGAAGAUGCCUUUUAAUAGAACCAAAGAUGAAGUUAUGACAGAUAUGAUGCUAAAUCUUGGUGAUUUUAAUUACACAUUGAAAAAUAACGUAGAAAUGAUUGCUUUACCAUACAACGAUAGCGAAACCGUUUUAUAUGCUCUUAAACCACACAGGCCCGAAAAACUAAAUCUCUCAGAACUAUUGAGUACACUGGAUUACGAGAAGAUUAAUAAACUAAUAGAUCAACUAACAGUUCAAAAGUGUGUUAUACGAUUCCCUAAGAUGGAUAUAAAAUUCUUCGCUAAUUUGGAAGAUUCUCUGAAAGCGUUAGGCGUUGAGAGUAUAUUUAACGCGCAAGAAGCUAAUUUUGCUUUAAUGAUAGACAAUAAUAAUAUCGAUAAAAAAAACGAAACUGAACUUUUAUCAAGGUUUGCUGAUGGUGAUACAACAAUAGAAAAAAAUAAUUUAAGAUCUGUUAUUGAUAAUUUACCCAAUCCCCACGUAUAUAUAGACUCCAUAAUACAUGAUGUACGAAUAAAAAUAGACGAGUAUGGAACAGAGGCAGUGGCAGCCACUGCCGGGAUUAUAGCAAGAUCUACUAAAAACUUCUAUGCAAAUUCACCAUUUUAUAUGUUUAUAAGAAAUGAAAAGACUAAACUUGUAACAUUUAGUGCUGCUAUAUUUGACCCUACAAAG